GCAGAUACCAGCACUGUGUUCUUCAGAGUUCCUUUGUUAUGCGUUUUGGUCUUCGAGUUCAGCUUCAGCCUCGCUCCAAUGGCGUCUUCUCUUUCCCAAGGUAUUGCUGCACCGCUCCUCACCAGCACCCGCCACUCUCUUCUCUCCCUCCCCGCCCAUCCCCGCGUCAAAUCCAACAAGCCCACGCCCAGCUCAUCACCCUUGGCCUCGCCUCCCGCCGCGCUCCCAUGUCCCACCUCCUCGCCCACUGCGCGCUAUCUCCAUCGCUUCCUCCUUCGUAUCCCAUCACUAUCUUCAAUCUCAUCGACAUCCCUAACGUUUUUGCCAUUAACAAUCUCCUUCGCUGCAUUUCUAGGAGCGUCCACCCUGAAAAGUGUCUCCUUUUCUACUCGGAACUCCGUCGCCGGGCAAUGCCCACCAACAACUACACCUACCCUUUUCUUCUCCACGCUUGCAGCCGCAAUCCCGUGCUGUCUGAAGGCCAGCAGGUGCACUCUCAUGUUGUGAAGCUCGGGCUUGAUUUGGAUUUGUUUGUUCGGAAUGCUUUGAUUCAUUUCUAUAGUGCUUGUUGCGAGAUGGAGUUGUCAAAGAGAGUGUUCGAUGAGUGCCCGUCAGAGCGGGAUGUGGUUUCUUGGAAUGCGAUGCUGGCUGGAUACGCUAAGAGUGGAAGGGUUGAUGCUGCCGAGAAGGUGUUUGAUAUAAUGCCUGAGAGGGAUGUGAUUUCCUGGAAUAGUUUGAUCAUGGGGUAUGUUCAAAAUGGGAUUUUGGAGAAGGGCCUGGAGGUUUUCAGGCAAAUGAUUGACCUGGGAUUGAUGGUAAAUGAAGCUACUUUGGUGACUGUUUUGUCAGCUUCAGCUCAACUGGGAUUGCUUGAAUAUGGGAGGUUCAUUCAUAGUACUAUAAAAGAUUUGAAAUUUCCCAUCAGUGUUGCUCUUGGCACUGCACUGGUGGACAUGUAUGCGAAAUGUGGAUGCAUUGAUAUCUCGAAAGAGUUAUUCAAUGAACUGCCCGAAAGAGAUGCGUUCUCUUGGAAUGCUAUGAUUUGUGGGCUGGCAACGCAUGGACUAGGAAAGGAAGCUCUGGAGCUGUUUGAAAAGUUUAUUAAUGAAGGUUUACAUCCCGCAAGUGUGACAUUUGUUGGAGUAUUGAAUGCUUGUAGCCGUGCUGGAUUAGUAGCGGAAGCGCGACGGUAUUUUGAGUUGAUGGUAAAGGAUUAUGGCAUUGAGCCUGAGAUGGAGCACUAUGGAUGCAUGGUUGAUCUCUUAGGCCGUGCGGGUCUUGUGUCAGAGGCGCUUGAAUUGAUCGAAGGGAUGAAGAUAGCACCGGAUCCAGUUUUGUGGGGCACAUUGUUGGGGGCAUGCAAGAUGCAUGGUUUAGUGGAUUUGGGAAUUACCAUAGGCCAGAAACUGAUUGAGUUAGAACCUGGUCAUGAUGGGCACUAUGUUCUUCUAGCUGGCAUCUAUGCCAAGGCAAGAAAAUGGAAAGAUGUCAUUACAGUAAGGAAAUUGAUGUCUAGCCGAGGCACGAAUAAAGUUGCUGGUUUGAGCUUGAUUGAGGCAAACGGAAUGGUGCAUAGGUUUGUUGCGGGAGACAGAGAGCAUGAGCAAUCUAUAAGCAUUCACAAAAUGCUUGAAGUGAUUAACCAGAGGUUAACUGAGGCUGGAUACAUGCCAGAUGUUGCACCGAUCUUGCAUGAUAUUGGUGAUGAGGAGAAGGUGCAUGUGAUCAAGGAGCAUAGUGAACGGUUGGCAAUUGCUUUUGGUUUCAUUGUGAGCAAGCCGGGUAGUCCUAUUCGAAUUGUGAAGAAUCUUAGGGUGUGUGGGGAUUGUCAUGAAUUCAGUAAAAUGGUAUCAAAGGUGUUUGAGAGAGAGAUCAUUGUGAGAGAUGGCAGCAGGUUUCACCAUUUCAAGGAAGGGAAAUGUUCUUGUUCGGAUUAUUGGUAGGGAAUAACAAUGCUCACAGCACAUACUUUGACGCCAAGAAAAAAGAAACUGUUUUAGUGCUUCCAUUCAGACAUUACUAAAACCUUUAAUUGCUGUCAUGUGAGAAGUUGGAAAGGAAGGUGUGGAACAGUUCAGUUCAAACAUCCACAUCAAAUUCAGAUGGCCCUGGCCCCUGUCGGAUUGAUUGUGUAGGUACAUUCUUUAGUCCAUUUAGCAAACAUAUUUUACCUGAAAUUUUGCUGAAAGUCAGAACAAAACUUAAUUUGACAAUCGACUCGCUGUGGACUUUCGAUCCUGUUUAAUCUAGCAGAUAACCGGUGAACGAUGAGCUUUCAGCUGUGUGAAAAUCUUCAUUUAAGCCUCUUGAUUAUCCAAGUUGUACCUUUUUUUUAGCUCAAUUGGAACCAUUUCUUUAUCUUCAUUUCUAUGAUUAUUGUGCUCUGAUUUGUACACAGUAUAUGUGAUAUAUUUUGAAAUAUUGCUAAUUUCUUGCAAAAUUUAA